AUGAUGGUCGGCUUCUACCUGCUGAACUAUGCGCUGAUACCAUUUCUAUCAUCGAUUUUUUUGCUCAUCUGUUCGAAGCCAUCGAAGCCGCCGGUCGUCACACAUAAAUCAUUACAAAAGCCUAAACCCGGAAAGAAAAAGAGUAAGUACUGUGGUAGGACUGUUAUGUUGAAGUAAUAAAUUACACUAUAAUAAUUUUUGUCAUAAUAUUAUAUAUGUCCCAUAACUAGGCCAAAAACGUUCAAAUUUUACCGUUUGGUAUCGUGCAAAAGACAUAAUUAGUAUCUUAUCAUAGCUUUCAACCCAUUAAUACCAUUCUUCAACUUCAGAAGAACAGAAGGCCAAAGAUAAGAAUGUAGAACGAACAGAGCGAAUCUCAAUCCAUGGGUCCGUGGACGACGACAAUGAUGACAGAAACGCUCACGGUGACAAGAACAAGCGGAGCAAAACAAGUAAUAAAGACCUAAAAAGUGGUAAGGAGCUGAAGAGCGACAAGGAAAACAAGAGUGGAAAGGACCCGAAGAGUGAUAAAGACAUUAAGAGUGAUAAGGACAUUAAGAGUGAUAAGGACAAGAAGAAGGAUAGUAAGAGCAAAGAGGAGCUGGAGAAGAAAGGAAGGAAGGGAAUGAAGAAAAACCAGAAGGAACGGUCCAACGAGAGCAAGUGGAGUCUAUCGGCUAGUAUUUCGCAUACUCAAGAUGAUCAGGUAUGUUCUUUAUUGUUAUACGUGUAAGUUUAGUCUACUAUGACAUGUUUUUACUGUGAUAGCUUUCGGAUUUUCAGUUAGACGACAGUCAACGUAAAAGUCAUAAAGCUCACAAGAAAAAGAGGAGUGAGAAGUCCCAUUCUAUGGCUCCAAAAACCCACAAAACUCAUCGUAAGUCUAAGAAUAACCUAAUCUACUACAAUUUCAGGUUCUCCGCUCCAUCCAACACAAGCAUCUUCGAACGACCGAUCAAAGAUGGUGCACAAGACACAGUCAAAUGAAGAAAAGAGCAGUUCGUAA